GGCGCGUGAGGGCGUGGGCGAGGGUUUGGGCACGGGAAUUUUUCCUCUCAAGCGGCGUCGAGCGAUUCUCUCUUUGGCGCUUUGCUUCCUCUCGCCGCGCGCGCGCAUCUGAUGAUCCAAACGUUCCUCCUCUUGGUCGCGGUCGUCAUCUUCUUCAGGCUGCUUACCAGCGGGCUCAACGCGGCAAUUGCGUCACACCGUAUGCUACCCAAAAAGAGAACCGCUGCGACAGGGGAGGAAGGCUCGAGCAAGCAGUCCAAGCGCGUCCGGCCGGGUGAUUCCAGCGCCCUAGCGGCACAGCAGUGCGACCUUGUCAUGGGAGGCGAUGGCGGCACGGCGGCGGUUCCAUCGGAUGUGGAGAUUGACGAGGAUUUGCACAGCCGGCAGCUCGCCGUCUAUGGCCGCGAGACGAUGCGCCGCUUGUUCGGGGCAAACGUUCUCGUCUCGGGGUUGCAAGGGCUUGGCGUCGAGAUCGCCAAGAACGUGAUCUUGGCGGGGGUGAAGUCCGUGACGAUUCACGACUCCGGGACGGUGGAGCUUUGGGAUCUUUCCUCCCAGUUCUACUUCUCUGAGGCGGACGUGGGGAAGAACAGGGCCUUUGCUUGCGUUGACAAGCUCAAGGAACUAAACAACGCGGUCAAUAUCUCGGUGCUCACCACCGAGCUCACGGAGGAGAUCUUGUCGAACUACCAGGUGGUCGUGUUCACCGAUUCAAGCCUGGAGGAGGGUAUCCGAUUUAACAACUUCUGCCACAACCACAGCCCACCGAUUGCUUUCAUCAAGGCAGACAUCAGGGGCAUCUUUGGGAGCGUCUUUUGUGACUUUGGGCCGGACUUCACCGUGGUGGAUGUGGAUGGAGAGGAACCACACACGGGGAUCAUCGCGUCGAUUAGUAAUGACAACCCGGCUGUUGUCUGCUGCGUCGACGACGAGAGGCUGGAGUUUCAGGACGGCGACUUGGUUCUCUUCAACGAAGUGAAGGGAAUGGUGGAGCUAAACGAUGGGCGGCCCAGGAAAAUAAAGAAUGCCCGACCGUAUUCUUUCACUCUGGAGGAGGACACGACUGGUUACUGUGCUUAUGAAGCCGGGGGGAUCGUCACGCAGGUGAAACAGCCAAAGGUUUUGAACUUUAAGACUUUGGAGGAAGCAAUUCAAAACCCGGGGGAUUUUCUUCUGAGCGACUUCUCCAAGUUCGAUAGGCCUCCGCUCUUGCACCUGGCCUUCCGUGCCUUGGAUGCGUUCUGUGCUCAAGAAGGACGUUUUCCCGCUCCAGGAUCCGGGGAGGAUGCACAGGCGCUCAUCGCCAUUGCGAAGCGCUUGAACGACAGUGCGGGAGAUCAGAAGCUCGACAACAUUGACGAGUCUAUUCUUACGAAGUUCGCAAGUGGAUCAAAAGCCGUUUUGAAUCCCAUGGCUGCGAUGUUUGGAGGCAUCGUUGGGCAGGAAGUGUUGAAAGCUUGCUCCGGCAAGUUCCAUCCUUUGUUUCAGUUCUUUUACUUCGAUUCGCUCGAAUCCGUUCCAUCUGAGCCUCUCUCGGCCGAGGACGCUGCUCCUACAGGUGGCCGCUACGAUGCUCAGAUAGCCGUGUUUGGGAGGCAGGUGCAGCAGAAGCUGGAAAAUGCGAAGGUUUUCGUUGUGGGAGCCGGUGCUCUUGGCUGCGAGUUCCUCAAGAAUCUGGCUCUCAUGGGUGUAGCCUGCGGGAGUGGAAAGCUUACAGUUACCGACGACGACGUUAUUGAAAAGAGCAACCUUAGCCGGCAGUUUCUCUUCCGUGACUGGAACAUCGGGCAAGCAAAGUCCACGGUUGCGUCCACGGCUGCUCUGAGCAUCAACUCGUCGCUUAACGCUGAAGCUCUCCAAAACCGUAUCAGCCAGGAUACAGAGAACAUAUUUGACGACGUCUUUUGGGGUGGCUUGGACGUCGUGAUAAAUGCUCUGGACAACGUCAAGGCGAGACUUUACGUGGAUUCGAGGGCUGUCUACUUCCAGAAGCCUCUCCUCGAGUCUGGAACCUUGGGGCCCAAGUGCAACACGCAGAUGGUUAUACCGCAUCUAACUGAGAACUACGGGGCGUCCAGAGACCCUCCCGAGAAGCAAGCUCCAAUGUGUACGCUCCACUCGUUCCCCCACAACAUCGACCACUGCUUAACGUGGGCAAGGUCCGAGUUUGAGGGGCUGCUCGAGAAGACACCUUCCGAAGCCAACGCGUUUCUGUCGAAUCCGCAGGAGUACAAGUCGUCCGCAAGGUCCGCUGGGGAUGCUCUGUCCCGAGAGAUGCUCGAGCGCAUUGUCGAGUGCCUUGUCAUGGAGAGGUGCCACACGUUUGAGGAUUGCAUCGUCUGGGCGAGGAAAAGGUAUUUGGAAAUUUGUGUUUCGUUUAUCACCACCACCUUACUGUUUUGCGUCAUGCUUUCCAGGUUCGAGGACUACUUUGUGAACAGAGUCAAGCAGCUCACGUACACGUUUCCAGAGGAUUCAACCACAAGCUCCGGAGCUCGGUUCUGGUCUGCACCGAAACGCUUUCCGCGAGCUCUUCAGUUUUCGUCAACCGAUCCUUCUCAUCUUUCUUUCGUAGCUUCGGCGGCCAUCCUCCGGGCUGAAACGUAUGGCAUCCCCAGGCCCGUGUGGGUGCUCGACCCGAAGCAACUUGGUGAAGUCGUCGACAAGAUCAAUCUCCCAGAGUUCAAGCCCAAGCAGGGUGUGAAGAUUGUCACCGAUGAGAAGGCCACCAACUUGACCGCUUCCAGCUUGGACGACGCUGCCGUCAUCGAUCAGCUGAUUAGCACGCUGGACGACGGUACUAAGUCGCUGCCAACGGGAUUCCGCCUCGUUCCUAUCCAAUUCGAGAAGGACGAUGACACAAACUAUCACAUGGAGCUGAUAGCGGCGCUCGCAAACAUGCGAGCGAGAAACUACGAGAUCCCCGAGGUGGACAAGCUCAAGGCCAAGUUCAUAGCCGGGAAGAUCAUUCCAGCCAUCGCGACGACGACGGCACUGGCGACUGGCCUGGUUUGCCUGGAGCUGUACAAGGUUUUCCAGGACAAGGGGGUGGAAGACUACAGGAACACGUUCGCCAACUUGGCCCUGCCGCUCUUCUCCAUGGCCGAGCCGGUUCCUCCCAAGUCGUUCAAGCACGGGGAGCUGGCCUGGUCGAUCUGGGACCGAUGGGUGAUCCAAGGGGACCUCACGCUGACGGAGCUCCUGGAGUGGUUCCAGGCCAAGGGAUUGACAGCCUACAGCAUCUCGUGUGGCCAGAGCCUGCUCUACAACAGCUUGUUUCCGCGGCACAAGGAGCGGCUGGGCAGGAAAGUGUCGGAGCUCGCAAAGGAGGUGGCGAAGCUGGACAUCCCUCCAAACAGGAAGCACUUUGACGUGAUUGUGGCGUGCGAGGACGACGAAGGCGAGGACUGGGACGUGCCACUGGUUUCAAUCUGCUUUAGGUAGAACUCUCGUCCAAACCAAGUCAAGACAUUUAUACUGUUCGAUGGAAAACGGAAAAACUUAAAAAUAAAAAUAGAGUGGUUUCUUCCAUUA